UUGAGUUCUUAUAAGAUAUACGCGUAACCCAGAAUCAACGCCGAAGAAAUCUAAUUAUCCCUAGAUUGCUAUAUAUUUUUCUCUUUUCUACAUGACACAGCCAAGCGCAGCACCGUUUGCGAUCAUCGAUCCUCGAUACUGCCUCCCUUACCCUAUUGAUCUAGCGAUUGUGAGAAAGGUUUUGACUCUAGCCAAUGGCAACUUUGUUGUCCAGGACUUUAAUGGCAGCAUCAUUUUUCAGGUUAAGGAAAUACUCCUAACCUUUGUACAUGAGAGGAAGCUCAUUCUUGAUGCUGCCGGAAACACCAUCGUCACAUUGCGAAGGAAGGCGCUGACAGCACAUAGCAGAUGGCAGGUUUUCAGGGGAGAAAGCACAGACCCAAAGGAUCUGAUUUUCAGUGCUAAAACCCAUUCCAUACUCUAUCUCAAGACAAAGUUAGACGUCUUUUUAGCACAUAACACAGAAGAGAAGGUGUGUGAUUUCAAGGUGAAAGGGAGUUUUUUCGAACGAUCAUGUGUCAUUUAUAAAGGAGACGAAGACUCUGCCACAAUCGUUGCACAGAUGCAAAAAAAGCACACGGCUCAAAGUAUAUUGUUAGGGAAGGACAAGUUCAUGGUGACAGUGUUUCCCAAAAUGGAUUAUGCGUUCAUAGUUGCGCUUAUUGUGAUUCUUGACGACAUCAAUCAUGAGGCACAGGAAUGAAUCAUGAUUCAGAAUUUCAGAUGAUAUAGGCAUACUGGGGCUUUGCUUUAUUAAUGUUUUUAUGCAAAUCACUGGAUAAGUGAUUGCCAUGCAGGAUUUUUCGUUUAUUGUAAUUUUAUUAAAAUUGAGAGAUAUAUAUAUAUUAUAAUUAAAAAGGUCUUAUGCAAA